UUCGUUCCUCUUACCUUUUUUGGGUUCCUGGUGAAAUUCGAAGCCGGAAAUGGGUCUGCCGAGUGCCGACGCGGCGAAGGGAUUAAGGAGCACGUCAGGUUAGGGUUUUUAACCUCUAGGGUGUUAGUGCCUCAUUAGGAAAUGGUGAAAAACCUUGACACUCAGUUCGUUUUCGGUGUUCUGUUCUGGGUCGCCUGACGCUGUCACUGAUGCGGUUAUCGAAGUUGAAAAUUAGAAUAACAUUGAUCAGCACCAUUAUCUAGAGUUUCUUGAUGAUGGGGGAGAUGGAUGAUGAUUUUGGCGAUCUCUACUCAGACGUAGAGAUUCAACUAAGUGAUGCCGUUAAUGCAAUCUCGGGCUUCAAUCAGGUGUACAUAGAACAUGAUAAUAAGAAGGAGAGUAGUAGUGUCGAUGGUCGUCUAGCCUUCGAAUUGAGGUCGAAGAAAGAUAAUUCGAUGCUGUGCAGUGAGGAGGAGGGGGAAAACAAGGGGGACCGGAUUCCGAGUGGGAAUGAAGCGGGAACACCGGAUUUAGAAGCCGAUGGUGAUGAAGAACUUAUUGUGGAUGAUGGAAGUGACAGCGAGAAUGAUUUGCAUAUAGUUUUGAACGAGGAUGACUGUGGUAUGCCAUUUGUUCCACGCGAAGCAAUAACGGAUAAUCGGGGAGUUUCGGAGGGAAGUGACGAGAAGGAUGACGACUUCGUGGUUGCUAACGAUGCUAAUCGUUCAAGCAAUGAUGGAACAUUGUUGGAUCAGCCACCAUCGUCGUGUGAUGGAUUGGAGCAGGCUGAUUUGUGUUCUUGUGCUGAAAAAGGAAAUGGGAAGAAGUGUUAUCAGCUUUCGCAGUAUUCCCAAUACAAGUAUAUACGACCAAUUAAUUUGGAAGUUGGUGGAUCUGGAGCAACAGUUUCCCUGUCUUCUCCUUUAUCGGGCAAGGGUGAUUGUGAUGCAGAUGGGUGCAAUCGGCAGAUGGUGUCAAGAAUGCCCCACACUGCCUCAUCUUCUACUACAAUCAUUCCUUCUGUUGCUCAACAAGGAUAUUGUUUCUCCCUUCCCCGCUAUAGGACAAUAUUUGACAUAGAUAUUGAUAUAUUGGAAUGGAAGCCCUGGAGACAUCUUGGAGCAAAUAGAACUGAUUUUUUCAAUUUUGGCCUGGAUGAGGAAAGCUGGAAGAAGUAUCGCAACCACAUGGCUUUCAGGGCUGAAUUUCAGCAUGAGACAAUAGCUCCAGAGGCUGUUGCUGGGGGAAGUUGUCAAGUUGUUGAGGCUACGGAAGUUCCUGUCUCCUUAGAAAAUGCUGAUAGAGGAGGGAAGCGACUGGAAGUACCGAAAGGAAGAGCUAUUCAGGUUGAAGGUGGUAUUGGUGACCGACAAUCAUCCAUGGAUGUGAGACGCCCCCGGAAUCGGGAUUCUGAUGUUGUGAUACAGAUUUCUGUUCAUGAUUCCUUGGGGGAUUCCACUGGUUCAAGCAAGCAAGAAGGCCAUGUAGAUGAUGUUGUACUGGAAAAAUCCGAGAGGAGAGAAUCUGGGACGGAUGAUAACAGCAACAUGCAUGAUUCUGGUGGUGUGCACGAGGAUGCCCGGUCUAUGGAGUCUGUGGAUGAGUUGAGCAAAAGAUUUAGUGUUUCCCAUGCUAAAGACAGUAAAACAUGCCAUCUGACAAGGUGCUCUCAACCAACAGCUAUGCCUAAUGCAUUGACUCGGGAUCCUGAUGGUCAAGUGGAUGAACACAAAUGUGACGUAGAUAGGCAUUAUCAUCAGAAGGCAAAGGAGCAUGCUUUUAAGGAUGAAAAAGUGACAGUAGAACAAACCACAGAAGUGGUUGUUGACAAGAUACCUUUGAAAGAAGAACCACAAAUAUUGGAAGCAGUAUCAUCACUUUGCUAUCAGAUUCAGGGCUGUGCAAGUUCAUCUUAUGUUGAAGGUCAUUCUAAAGCAUCCAAUGUUGGGAUGGAUAUUGAUAUGGACAGAAAUAUGAAGCCUUCAAAAAGGCCAUCAUCAAAUUCUGUCACUGAAUUAAAGGAGUCUGUGAGAUCUGACAGUUUUGACUCUGAAAGCAAUGGUAGCGAGUUGGAAUUAGGUGAAUGGAAAUAUGGUUCUGAAGUCCAAAGUCCCAACCAUGUGAAGCAGAACUGCUACAGUCGAAUGCGUUCGUGCCAUGCCAGCGAGUUGGAAUUAGGUGAAUGCAAAUAUGGUUCUGAAGUUCAAAGCCCCAACCAUGUGGAGCAGAACUGUGACAGUCAAAUGCAGCUGUGCAAUGUGGCUGAACUGAAGAAUCACAGAGAUGAUGAUGAGACUGUUCUAAUAUCUUAUAGAAAGGACCGGUGUGGUGGUGAUCGCUUAAAGGUUAGCCAUGGAACACAUAAAGGAAUGAGGCGUAAUAAUGGUGUCUAUGAUGGAAAACAUUUGUCAUAUUAUAGAGGAAUUGAAGUACCAACCAGUCAUCGCAGUGAUAGGACUGUGGACAGGCAGUCGAGAAAUGUCAGCACUGAAAAUUUUCAUGGGAUUCCUCGGCUCUUUGAAGAUGAUAUGGAUCCAUUUCUAAAGCACACAAGUGAAAAGAAUUCUGCAGUGGACAGAAAAAGAAAAGAUUAUCUUCAUGAAAGAGCGCAUGUAAAUGACAGAAUAAAUUCUAUUUCUUACAAGGAAACCCGGUCACUGUCGGGGGAUUCCUCUCUUAACACAAAGAAGGAAAUGAAUCCUUGGCAAAGAAGGAAUUGGGAUGAUGAAUCACGAUUCAGAAAUAGAACUCCUGAUGAAGAGUUGGAACAUAGAUGCAUAGAGGAACCUCGAGAAAAAUAUGGAAGACAUGUACCAUACAAUGGCAGAGAACCAUUCAAAGAGAAGUAUGAUAGAUAUAUACCAUACGUUGAAAGAGAAAUAGAAAGGUCUGGUACAAGAAACAGGUAUUGCCGGAGUCCCUGCCUAGAUUUGGAUUCUGAAUGGAGCUCUUCUGGAUAUGAUGAUGAAUUCUGGAGACAUCCUAAUCAUCGGUGUUCCUCAGUUGAUACUUGCAGAGAAUUUCAAAUUGUAAAAGAAAGACGGUGGCAGUAUAUCGCUUCACCAAGAAACGAUGCUGGUGAUUCUAGGAGAUUUGAUGAAAGAUACUUUGAUCACUGGCGACAAACACGGAGUGAGAAACUCAGGGUCAGGGACAGUCGUUGGAUUGAUCCUUUGUGUAAGUAUGACUGUGAUGCUAAAGAUAGGUCCAUUUAUCCUGAUGCUGAUAUUUGUAAGGAGAGAAGACAAUCUAGUCGGAGAUCUGAAGCAUUCCAUUGGGAUGAAAACAUACGUUCUAGGUAUCGAAAUCAAGAUGAUAUGUAUGCCGAGGAGGCACCUUUUUCAUUUGAAAAAAAUAAAAGGCAUGAAUUUAUUCAUGUUGAGCGUGAACAAGCAGUCCUUACGAGCAAGCAUCAGGAUUUGGGUCCUAAUGAGCAGGGUGGAAGAAAAAUUAUAAGAGAAGAGAGAAUAUCGGAAUUCAGUAGCCACAGUAAUUCUGGAAGUGAUAUUAUUUAUAGGGGUAAGCAAGAGCAAGCAGUCCUUAGGAGCAGUGAUUCAGCUUUGGGUGUUUGGGAAGGAAAGUUCUCUGGAAGAUUGUCCAAAGCUGGGGAUGCUAGAUGCAGUGGUGGGCAGAGACACAUGGACCGGAUGAUUGAUAAUGAGCAGAUGAUCUUCAGGCAUUCUGAUGAGUCACAUAUAAGGAAGACAGUCCUACCCAACAGAUCAAAAGUUGCAAGUCAUAGCAGCAGCUCAAAGAUUGAAAUAAGCCAUUGCUAUUUGAAGCCUUCUACCAAUGGUGAGAAAUGGAUUGACAAGGAUCCAGAUACACAGUACCAUGAAGCUUCUGACCUUGAGGAGGGUCAACUAGCAGAAGAACCUGAGAAGAAAGAGAUAGGUGCCGUUGAACAGAAAAACAUGUCUGGCAGUACAACAGGAAUUGAUGUGAAGGGAUGGAGCGUGAAAACUGAAGAUGUUGGAAAUAAGGAAAAGGGUUUUGUGGUGUAUGACAAUCGUCGAAUUCUUGAGUCACUUGCGAAAAUGGAGAAGCGAAGGGAGCGUUUUAAGGAGCCGAUCCUUCCAAAGGACCUUGGUAUGAACUCUAAGCUCGAACCUGUGCCAACUGUGGAAACAGCAGCAAUUAAGCAGCAAAGGCCACAGCGGAAGAGGCGCUGGACUGGGACUUAAGGUGCUCAAGAAUCUAGUUGCAGUCAGAUUUUUUACAAGAGUCUGGGUUUGUGUUCAUCUUGAUUGUCUAAUUGGUUCCUUUUUUUUGUAAGCAUUACAGCAUUGUUACAGCAAGCAUGAUUUGUGAGGCAAGACUUUACUGUUACAAGAUUCAUUUAGGUCUGUGUGAUUAAUAAGUCGCAACCAGUUAAGUUCCUUGGUGAAAUUUUUAAUCUAAUAAGACCUUUCUACCCAAUUUA